AUGGCGCUGGACGAACAUAACAGCUCCUCCUUGGAGAAGGAUGUCGGCCUACCCGGGUAUGCGCCGGCUGAACCCACGCAUAGCCACCCGCGGGUCGGUGAAGGCGCUGUACGGUCAGAGAACUGGAUGACUCGUAAUGGAUUGAACCUCGAGUCCUUCAAGAAGAGAGACUAUGGCAGAGGCAUUAUCGAGCUCGACCGCUCGAUGAAGCCGAGACACUUGCACAUGAUUGCCAUCGGAGGGUCGAUCGGUGCUGGUUUCUUCGUCGGUUCUGGUAAUGCUCUGAGCAAAGGUGGUCCUGGUUCUCUGCUGCUUGACUUCUUGAUCAUUGGUAUCAUGAUGUUCAAUGUCGUCUACGCCUUAGGUGAACUUGCUGUCAUGUAUCCUGUCUCUGGUGGUUUCUAUACUUAUGCUGUUCGAUUCAUCGACCCCAGCUGGGGUUUCGCAAUGGGAUGGAAUUAUGUCAUGCAGUGGGCUGUUGUUUUGCCUCUUGAACUCACUGUGUGUAGUUUGACCAUUGGCUACUGGGACACCGAACAGAAGAUCAGUGUUGGUGUCUGGAUAACAGUCUUCUUCGUCCUGAUUCUUAUCACCAACCUCUUCGGUACCCUGGGAUAUGCCGAGGAAGAGUUUUGGUCAUCAAUCAUCAAACUAUCGGCGACGGUUAUCUUCAUUAUAAUUGCCUUUGUCAUGGUUCUGGGAGGCGGACCUGACAACGGCCGGUACAAUGAAUAUUGGGGUGCUCGUUACUGGCACGAUCCUGGUGCCUUCCACAAUGGCUUCCUUGGUUUCUGUUCUGUUUUCGUCACGGCCGCUUUCGCAUUCAGCGGCACUGAAUUAGUCGGAUUGGCAGCUGCAGAGUCACAUAAUCCUGUGAAGGCGUUGCCUGGCGCCAUCAAGCAAGUCUUCUGGCGUAUUACUCUCUUCUAUAUUCUGGGUCUUCUCUUCGUUGGGCUGCUGAUUCCAUACGACGACCCGAACUUGCUCGGCGCCAGCGACUACAUCAAUGUCAACGCUUCGCCUUUCGUGCUGGUAGGCAAAUACGCGGGGCUCGCUGGAUUCGACAGCUUCAUGAACGUCGUCAUCUUGGUUUCCGUCCUGUCAAUUGGUGUGUCUGCCGUUUACGGUGGCAGUCGUACCUUGACCGCUCUGGCACAGCAAGGAUACGCCCCGAAGAUUUUCACAUACGUUGACAAAUCUGGCAGGCCUCUUUUCUCCGUCAGCCUGAUUCUAAUCUUCGGGCUACUUGCAUACGUCAACCUGAGUACCGCCGGUACGACGGUGUUUGCCUGGUUGCAGGCUUUGUCUGGUCUUGCCGCCCUUUUCACCUGGGGUUCGAUCUGUCUAGCCCAUAUUCGGUUUCGCACCGCCUGGAAGCAUCACGGCCACACCUUGGACGAGAUCCCGUUCAAGGCAAUCGGCGGAGUCUAUGGCUCAUGGCUCGGACUGAUCUUGAUCGUCCUCGUACUGAUCGCUCAAUUCUAUGUUGCGAUCCAGCCUCUCGAUGUGGAAGCUUUCUUCCAGUCUUACCUUGCUAUGCCAGUCGUUCUGGUGUUUUGGCUUAUUGGAUAUCUAUGGAAACGAGAGGGAUGGCUUCGUACCGAACAAAUGGAUGUCGACACCGGUCGCCGCGAACUCGAUUGGGAGGAAAUCAAUGCUUUCAGAGCUGAGUUGGCUGCCCAACCAGCUUGGAAGCGUAUCUACCAUACCCUCUUCUAG